GCUUUGAAGUGCUGUGUGGAAUCCGCGCCUUCAGGCACCGGUUAAAAUGGCAUCAGACGAGGGAAAACUUUUUGUCGGUGGACUGAGUUUUGACACCAAUGAGCAGUCAUUGGAACAAGUCUUCUCUAAAUACGGACAGAUCUCUGAAGUCGUGGUGGUAAAAGACAGAGAGACUCAGAGAUCCAGAGGGUUUGGGUUUGUUACGUUUGAAAACAUAGAUGACGCUAAAGAUGCGAUGAUGGCCAUGAACGGGAAGUCUGUAGAUGGACGUCAGAUCAGAGUUGACCAGGCUGGCAAAUCAUCAGAGAACAGAUCUCGUGGUUACAGAGGAGGAUCUUCUGGGGGCAGAGGCUUUUUCCGUGGGGGCAGAGGUCGGGGCCGUGGUUUCUCCAGAGGCGAGGGAGGUGGAGACAGAGGUUACGGUGGAAGCAGAUUUGAUUCCAGAAGUGGAGGAUACAAUGGUUCCAGAGACUACUAUAAUAGCAGCAGGAGUCAAGGUGGCUAUGGUGACAGGUCUUCAGGAGGAUCCUACAGAGACAGCUAUGACAGUUAUGGUAAGUCUUGGGUCAACUGGGAAUGAAUAUGUAUGGUUGUAGGAACUCUCUAAACCUCCUCACCCUCUCCUCGAGUCUGGAAGCACUCUGUAAGGCUCGGGACUUGUUGCUAUUUGUGCUGUUCUUGCCCUUUAAGAACCAAAUCUGCCAGGCUUUGGACGUGGUCGUUGCUGUUUAUAAAAAAAAAAAACCCAAACAACCCAAGUUGCUAAUUUGUAAUGCAUGUGUGUAGGAGUUGCUUGGAUCUAAGGCAGAGCAAGUUGCUUGGAAAAAAAAAAAAAUCCGUUUCCUCAAGCUUGAGAGACUAAAAAAAGACAAAACCUCAAAACCCUAACAAACUUUGAUUCAAGGGUGGGGGAGUUCAACAAAACAAAAAAAAACAACCAGACCCCAAAACUUGUAGCUUCUUGGAGGAAAAAAAAAAGGAAAAAAAUUAAUGGAAAGGGAGUGAAAUGCUGGAACUUGUCUAUGCUUCAGUGCCUUUACAAUUGUGCCUGCUUCUUGUCCUCAGCUACACACAACGAGUAAAAAUCCUUCCUGACUCAAGAUCGUCCUUCCAAUGGCUGUAUUUAUAAAGAUUUUUGGAGCUUCGCUGAAAUGGUUCUUUGUUGUAGUAACAUCUCCUUGUAUCUCACACUUUUGUUAGUUUUAUUAUCAGUUUGGGAAUCUUUGUCAAAACCAACCAAAACACAGCCUGUGACAGCUUCUGCUAUAAAAGAGAAUGGGUCUGAUUUAAUGACUUCCUUCCUUUACAUAGAAAGCUUUGCUUUCAGGUGAAAAAAAAAAAGUGUUUUUUUUUUGUUUUUAAUUCUGAUUUUAUUUUUAAUUCUGAAAGCACUUCAGAUUUUACUUCCUUCCUUCAUGAUGAGCCAUGGUGUUUCCUUUUUUUUAUAUAAGUUGGGGGCCCUGAUUCAGUGUUCUUUGGAGAUAGAAAGGACCUUGAAUUCAAUGUUCACUAGAAGCUGAACAAGCUGUGGGCUUUUUUCCUCUCUUUAUUUUUUUUUUUAAUUGCAUUACCUUCAUCUUUUGUAACAUUCCUUUAGUGUAGCAAGGUAGGAAUGCAGCCUCGGGUACAAAUUGGAAGGCAAAAAAAAAAAAGGCAAAACAAAACCACCUUGAUAUAUCUAAAGAGAAAGAAAAUAGCAACUUUUUUUUUUUUGCUUGUAUGUUCUAAAACCUUUGCCUCACGGUAUUUUUACUGAUGUAAUGAUGUAAAUUUACCCAGAAACCAAGAAGAAGAGAGAGAAAAAAAAAUAGACUCGGAAAAACCAUAAAAAAAAAAAAGGAAAAAAAAGAGGUUCUUGAAAAUGUUUAUUUAUAUUGUCCUUUUUUACUGGAAGAAAUAUUGCAUAUUCCAUUGCUAUUGUAUUUGAAAGUGGUAAAAGGAUUCUUGUAUACAGUUUUUUUUUUUUUUUAUUUUUCCUUUUGGCUUUACGAAGCCUAUUAAAAGACAGUCUGAAAUGAACUCUGCUCCUGACAUUUUACAUUUCAUUGCACAACACAAUCUUGGAAGAUGGAAGAAAAAAACCAAAAAACAAAAAAAAACAAAUGACCAAACCAAGUCUGAAGUAUUAGAUCAACCUCCAGGAGAUGCAGUUUGGUAAAAACUCAGGAGAUGCAGGUUGAUGCAGUUUGGUAAAACCUCAGGAAAUGCAGUUUGGUGAAACUUCAGGAGAUGGUUCAUUAAGCCCAGGAGAUGCAUUUUGUUAACCUCAGGAGAUCCACUUUAAAGCCCUGGGGAUGCAGUUUGGUAAAACCUCAGGAGAUGCAGUUUGGUAAAACCUCAGGAGAUGCAGUUUGGUAAAACCUCAGGAGAUGCAGUUUGUUAGCCUCAGAGGAUCUUCAGCAAACUCGGGAGAUCCUUCAACCUCAGGAGAUGCAGUUUGUUAACCUCAGGAGAUCCUUCAACCUCAGGAGAUCCACAUCAAGCCCAGGAGAUGGCAGUUUAUUAAGCCCAGGGCAGGAUGUCAGGGAAGGUUUUUAACUUUAGAGGCUCAAGUUGGAAGAAUCCAACCUGACCUCUCUCUUGCCAAUGGAAAUCUCAUCGCCGUCUUCGCACACAAAACUUUUCCUGGAGGCCAGAGGAUUGAAAGUGUGUGGGAAUGGUGCUGAAUUCAGCCAGGGUUAGGUUAGGAUGAUGGAUGUGCCCUUAAAAAACAAUCCUGCAAACCCACCUACACUUGGAAAAGCUGUUAGUUGAAGACUCAGUGCUUUUAGUCACCCCUCCCUCCUGGAGUAGCUGCUAGGUGCGGUGUGGAACUGUUAGGUGCAUUGCCAUUGAUUAGCUUAGCUUUGUGCCUUGCCUUUACAAAAGUUCUGAGAAUUCUUUGCUAGCAUUAUGUGGAAAACUGCAAGUGUCCUUGGAGAGGAAAAAGAAGUGUUGUGCCUCCAACAGAAACCUCUGAGACGAAAGCUGCUCUCUUGGCUAGUUCAUAUGUGGAAAAUAGUCCUGUAAUUCGAGGUAACUCCUUUUGCUCAUGUCCGCAUCCUUCCUCUUGUUGAGAGCUCAUUUUGAAAGUCUUAAUGUACCUGUGAAAUAUUCCUUAGUUUUCUUUUUUUUUCUGUUGUUGUUUUUUAUUUUUUUUCCCCCACAAUUCUGGUCAAGUGCUGGAGAAAAAAAAAAAAUCGGUAAACUUAAAAGUCUAAAAAAAAACAACCUGACCAAAAUAUCCUAAAUAAUUUAUAACCCAUGCUGUAUGCAACCUCUUUGGCUUGUGGCACAACUUUUGGGUUCCACAGAUCAGAGUUGGGGUCGUGCAGUCAUGUCUUGCUAGUAGGUAUUGGAAGCAAGAUGGGGGAAAUGACUUCCCCUGACUCUGUCUUCAUCUAUUUUGAGGCUCUUCCUAGACAUCAUUAUAAAGUUGCUCACUUUUAAUUGUAGCUUUCUUUGCCAUCCUACUUUGUUGCCAUUAACUUUUUUUACCCCCUUCCCUCCUCCCCCAGUAGCCCACACCUGCCUAAGCAGCCAUGUCAAAAAAAAAAAAAGUGGUUAACUCCUCUCUGCUUAGGGACACCAAAUGCUAAACUUUUUGGUUGGCACAAGCAAAAAAAAAAAAAAAAAAACAAAAGAGGCCUCAGCCAACCCUGGAACAGUUUUUCCCAGACUGUGCUUCUGUGGUGUGCUGGGUUCAGCAAAUGGCUUGUGAGACCCUCGUUACCUGAUGUGACUUGUGUUGAGGUGGAGGGAGGGUGGGUGGCAGGCAGUGGUUGAAGGCUCUCCUCUUGAUGUCUGUAUUAAUGCACAUCUGCUUUGGCAGGCUGAAGGGGAGAUGGACGCUCGCCGGCGAAGCUGAGCCCCGGGGUGCUGAGGGAGGAAACAAAAAAUGGUCUGAGGAAGGCAGGAGCAAAAGCUUGGGCUUGCCAACCAGCAAUGAAAUGCAUCAGAGAAGACAGAAGGAGACAGCCAUUGACUGGAGUGGUGGAGAUAUGGAAGAGCUUUGAGCAGUGGUGUUACUGGUUGAAGUAAUUAAGCUAGAAUAAAGUACUGGAAUGUGGGGGGGGAAAAAAAACCCUCA